CGGCCGGACCAAUGAUUUAAAACCUCUGCUGAACGCCUUGAGGAGAUAGAAGGUUCACGGGAGUAGGACCAAUACCAACGCAAGAGCCGAAAGGGUCUCCAAGAGCCAACUUGACUAAGCGUGGACAUCAUAAGCCAUAAUGAUCAUUCUCAAGGUGUUCAUUGUUGCCCUCCUGUUUGGAGCCAGCUGUCUGGGUGCACAAAUAAAGAGACAAGUAAAUGUUACUCAAGAUGACAGUUCAGAAUCAAGAGAAGUCGGUGGACCGCCUGGUCCACCAGGACCACCUGGCCCUCCAGGACCACCAGGGCCAGAUGGACCAGAUGGUCCAACAGGACCAAAGGGUACAACAGGACCAACAGGACCGACAGGACCAAUAGGACCAAAAGGCCCACAAGGACCACCUGGAGCAGAUGGUGACCCAGGAGCAGAAGGCCCACCAGGACCACCUGGAGCAGAUGGCCCACCCGGACCAGGAGGCCCACCAGGACUACCUGGAGCAAAUGGCAGACAAGGACCAAGAGGUUUUCGAGGUCCAGUUGGACCAACUGGAUCUCCUGGACCAGAAGGACCACCUGGACCACCAGGACCACCUAGUCCACCAGGACCACCUGGACCCCCAGGACCACCUGGUCCACCAGUAUUCUUUCCGAAUUUUCCUCAGGCACCAUGGCUACCUUGGCCACCAAGACCAUGUCCAUAAGGCCCAGGUCAAAAUCUGCCAAGUGGCCCACUACCAAUUUGGCCACCUGGGCAAAAUUAGGUUAAUUAAUUUUAUAGCCCAGGGGUCACACAGACCACCUGGUACUGCAGAGGAAAAUUAUUCACCUGGACCACCACCUUUUCAGGCUGGGCCACCAUUUGGACCACAUUCUAUUUCAUAUCCCAAUUAGCCACCCAGACCAAUAAUACCAGACACCAGUACAGCCACCUAUUUUCCUGGAUGAAAACCACCUGGACACCAAAUUACCAACCUACCCCACCACCUGGACCACCUUCAGGACACCCCCUGCCAUUACGGUUUACUCCAGCUAAAAACAACUCACCUGGAAUAGCACCCUGCCAACCUGGAUCACUACCUGGAUCAUCUGUUACUCUGGAUGAAAA